CUGAGGAAGAGCUUCAGGCUGAGCGGGGAAGAAGGCGGGGCCUGGGGCUGUGCAAGUCGGUGUCCCGGGCCUGGGACGGAAGUUGCAGAAGUGCAGUUAGUUUCAGUUUUGCUUCUCUUUCAGAAGCCCAGCAACAGCAGCGUCAAGGCCUUGGGGGGGACCCCACUCUGGGUCCUGGAGCCCCGGCUAGGGCCUGAUACACGAAAGCUGCCUUUACUUUUUCGCAUUUGCUGAAUGUCUCCAGGGAGGAGGGAGGCGGCUUUCUAACUCAAGAGACCAGAAGAGAAUUCCCAGCCAUUCAGGAUGGUUUCCCAGGGUUCCUCGCCCUCCCUGCUGGAGGCCCUGAGCAGUGAAUUCCUGGCCUGUAAAAUCUGCCUGGAGCAGCUGCGGGCACCCAAAACGUUGCCCUGCCUGCACACCUACUGCCAGGACUGCCUGGCCCAGCUGGCCGAGGGCGGCCACCUCCGAUGCCCUGAGUGCCGGGAGUCCGUGCCCGUGCCACCCGCGGGCGUGGCUGCCUUCAAGACCAACUUCUUUGUCAACGGGCUCCUGGAUUUGGUGAAGGCCCGGGCUGGUGGAGACCUGCGCGCAGGGAAGCCGGCCUGCGCCCUGUGUCCCCUGAUGGGGGGCGCCAGCGCCGGGGGCCCAGCCACAGCCCGGUGCCUGGACUGCGCCGACGACUUGUGCCAGGCCUGUGCCGACGGGCACCGCUGCACCCGGCAGACCCACAGCCACCGAGUGGUGGACCUGGUGGGCUACAGGGCGGGGUGGUAUGAUGAGGAGGCCCGGGAGCGCCAGGCGGCCCAGUGUCCCCAGCACGCGGGGGAGGCCCUGCGCUUCCUGUGCCAGCCCUGCUCCCAGCUGCUGUGCCGAGAGUGUCGCCUGGACCCCCACCUGGACCACCCCUGCUUGCCCCUGGCCGAGGCUGUGCGUGCCCGGAGGCCAGGCCUGGAGGAGCUGCUGGCCGGCGUGGACGACAACCUGGCCGAGCUGGAGGCCACCCGGACGGCGGAAAAGGAAGCCUUGGCCCGGCUGCGGGAGCAGGCGGCCAAGGUGGGCACGCAGGUGGAGGAGGCGGCUGAGGGGGUCCUCCGGGCCCUCCUGGCCCAGAAGCAGGAGGUGCUGGGGCAGCUGCGGGCCCACGUGGAGGCUGCCGAGGAGGCCGCUCGGGAGAGGCUGGGGGAGCUGGAGAGCCGGGAGCAGGUGGCCAGGGAGGCAGCCACCUUCGCCCGUCGGGUGCUCAGCCUGGGUCGCGAGGCCGAGAUACUCUCGCUGGAGGGGGCGAUUGCCCAGAGGCUUCAGCAGCUCCAGGGCUGUCCGUGGAUGCCUGGGUCAGCCCCCUGCCUGCUGCCCCAGCUGGAGCUCCAUCCUGGACUCCUGGACAAGAACUGCCACCUGCUAAGGCUCUCCUUUGAGGAGCAACAGCCCCAGAAGGACAGCAGGAAAGAUGGAGCCAGAAGCCAGGGAGGGGAUGAAACCCAGCCCCAGAGCAGGGAUGGAGCCCAGACCCCAAAGCAGGACAGAACGCAGACACCCCAAGAAGACGGAGCCCAGACCCUAAAGGCAGAGAGAGCCGAGACUCCCCAAGAAGAUGGAGCCAAGACCCUGAAAGAGGGCAGAGCCCAGACACCCCAAGAAGACAGAGGAGCCCAGUCCCCGAGGGGUGGCAGAUCCAACAAGAAGAGGAAAUUCAAAGGCAGGCUCAGGUCUAUUUCCCGGGAGCCCAGCCCAGCACCCGGGCCAAACCUGGAGGGCUCCGGCCUCCUGCCCAGGCCCAUCUUUUUCUGCAGCUUUCCCACGCGGAUGCCUGGGGACAAGCGGUCUCCCCGGAUCACUGGGCUCUGUCCCUUUGGCUCCCGGGAGAUCCUGGUGGCAGACGAGCAGAACCGGGCCCUGAAGCGCUUCUCCCUCAAUGGUGACUACAAGGGCGCAGUGCCCGUCCCCGAGGGCUGCUCCCCAUGCAGCGUGGCCGCCCUGCAGGACGCCGUGGCCUUCUCGGCAGGUGCACGGCUGUAUCUCAUCAGCCCCAACGGCGAGGUGCAGUGGCGCCGAGCACUGAGCCUCUGCCAAGCCAGCCACGCCGUGGCUGCCAUGCCAAGUGGGGACCGGGUGGCAGUCAGCGUGUCGGGCCACGUGGAGGUGUACAACAUGGAAGGCAGCCUGGCCACCCGGUUUAUCCCUGGGGGCAAGGCCAACCGGGGCAUGCGGGCUCUGGUAUUCCUGACCACCAGCCUCCAGGGCAAUUUCGUGGGGUCAGAUUGGCAGCAGAAUAGCUUGGUGGUCUGUGACGGGCUGGGUCAGGUGAUUGGGGAGUACCGGGGGCCAGGCCUGCACGGCUGCCAGCCUGGGUCCGUGUCCGUGGAUAAGAAGGGCUACAUCUUUCUGACCCUUCGGGAGGUCAACAAGGUGGUGAUCCUCGAUCCGAAGGGGUCGUUGCUCGGCGACUUCCUGACGGCCUAUCAUGGCCUGGAAAAGCCCCGGGUGACCACCAUGGUGGACGGCAGGUACCUGGUCGUGUCCCUCAGUAAUGGCACCAUCCAUGUCUUUCGAGUCCGCCCUCCUGACAGUUAAAAGGCUGGGACUGGGGUGGGACUCGGGGUGGGGGAGGGGAAAUGGGUCAGGGAGAAGGGAGGUAGGGCUGCCUGUGGGAUGUGGUGGCUGAGGGCAUUUUCGCUGAGGGCAGGGGUAGCAGUUUUUCAAUGUGAAGUGCCCACCCCCUCUUCAGGUGCACAGGAAUAGGGACCAAGGACGGUGGCAUGACCAUAGCCCUCAGAAGCAGAGGCAGAGAGGUAGGAGGGGCGCUGGGCCUUCAUGCCUCUCGCUUUUGGGGGGGGUGGUGACAGCCGCUGCCGCUGCCGUAGAGUCUAGGUUUCCAAGAUGUAUAAGCUAGUCCUAAUCUGAGUUCUUCAAAACCAUUCCUGAUGGCGUAGCCCAGGGAUAGUCUUGGAGAAGUGGGUAGAAAUAGUCCUUCGAGCCAAGGAGGGCUCAGGGUAUGUCAGGUAUGUACUUUCUGGAAGAGAGCUAAGAACCUGCUCCCUUCCUGCUGGAACGGGACCCGCCGGGUCAGAAGAGGUCUGGGAUAUUGAACCCGGCAUAAAUGGCAUCCUCCCCUAGCCGCAGCCAGCCGGGAAGUUGAGGCUCCUCUGAUAAUGGCGCCCCCCAGGGAAGUACAGGGUGGGCUUCAUGGGAGACCAAGAAUAGACACCAGCCGAGGCCAGUGGUGUUUACCUUAAAGUCCGUGAAGGGAAUGUGCUACUAGGGUUGGAGUCUAAAACACAGGGUUCUGAGUGUGAGAGAAGGGGAGACCCUGGGUCUUACCCCCGAAGAUCCCCCACCCCUCACCUCCAAGCCAGCCUGAGGCCAGAUUUUAUAUCCUACAUCCUAUGUAGGAUAUAAAAUCUCUUCGGUUUUGAUGUCCUUAUCCUUCCUGGAGUUUAUUUUCAGUCCCCCGUUAGGUUUCCGGCACAAUUCCUUUUGAGAAAUUUAGGCUGAACUAAGGCGUUGAAGGCAUUUGUCCAUAUUGCCAUUAUGGGUGGGGAAAACACCUAUGCCUAGAGGCCAGGUGUGAGACUCAGGGGCCAAACCAGUUGGAAGACCUGAGAAGUCGGUUGUGGGGCUGGGAUGGGCGGAGGAGUGAAAACCGCAUGGAGGGAGCCUGUUAGAGGGGAGCCAUGACCAUCGGCCCUUUGCACGGGCUGUGGCAGCGGUGGAACUGAGGUGGGCAUGUUAGCCAGGGGCUGUUGAGAGAUGACCAAAGGGAAUCUUAUGUAAGGAUCAUGGACAAUGAGUGUUCAUGGGAACCAGAGAGAUUUUGGACACGUCCAGAUGGAAAGUACAGGACAUUAGGUGUAGGGAAAAGAAAAUCUUUUCCCAGGGAGGUCAUUGAUUGUUUAAUGAAGUGAAGGGGGAAAUCAUCAAUAUCUAGUGGACAAAUUCAAUUAUAUAAAAUUUUGAAUGUAUGCACAGCAAAGAAUAAUGAAGAUGAAGGGAGAAUCAAUAAGGUGAGGAAAUUACGAAACAUUGACCUGAGAGCUGAGUCUCCAGUAUAUGCAGUGACUAAAGGGAUCUACUUGGCCGAAAGAUCAAAUAACUCAUGUACCCAAGAGGAAUGCACCCAGGCCAGAAGACAUAAAAUGAAAAAUAGAAUCAACCACUUGCAUUUGUCAAAAAUACAUUUUAAAAAAUAUGCCGUGGUGAAAUAGACUCCUGGCACUCUAAAUGGUGCUUCCUGGCGCACAGUUUAGCGGUACUUGACAAGAGUCAAAGAAGUGAUUAUAAGACAAAGUUAUCUCACUUUGGGGAAUACAUUCUGGGAAAAGAAUUCAAAAGAAAAAAAAGUAUUUGCGCAUAGAUAUUUGUGGCCACCCUAUAUAUUAUAGCCACUGACAGGAAACAGCUCAGCUCAGCUAGCCAACUCUGGCUAGACCAGAAUCUAGCCAAGUAGAUUGUGGUCUAUCAGGGCAAUGAGCUACUGCCUUCAUGUAUGACAGCUAUGAGAACUAUGUAGAAGAAUGUGAUGUUAUAUGAUGCAAUCAUAAGCCAAAAAAAAAAGAUUUUGGAUUUCUGAUCACAUAAUGAUAGCAACAAGGUUAAAAGCAUGUCUGAAUAGUUACCGAGUGGAAAUAGGUUCAAAAUGUGUAAAUAGUCAGUGACUGGGGAGAUUGGGUUCUGAGUUAUUUCAUGCUGUUAUUCAUAUACGCACAUUUCUACUUCAGUUAUUAUUAUCCAUUAAAUAACAUAUGCUUGACUAUUAACUUCAGAAAAAUACACUCAAGAAUAACUACUGGAUUUGUGAAUGAAUGUAUCAGAAUAAAAGAGACUGUUCUAUCGGGGAUGUAGGGGGCACAAGUCAGGAGAAGAAUCCUAGCUGGUUAGGACCCAGCAGGGAGGAAGGGCCGUCAGAACAGUGGCCCGUCUGGUGACUGACCAAGGAAUCUGCCCUGGGAAGGUUUGCAGAGGUCAGGUGGUUCUCGUGGGUGAUUGGUCAUUGUAGAGUGUCCAAAGGCAGGGGAAGUUCUUAUUGAGUUCACCAACUAAUUCAGACCAACUGGAAACCAAGUGAUGGUUCUGCGGAACCAGCUGAUACAGGAUGAGUUGCAUGAGUGGGGUGCUGUGUCUGUCUUCUUUGUGGCUCUCUCUACAGAGCCAGCACAGUAGGUGCUCAAUAAACGCCUGUGGAGUGAAUUGAUGUCUAAAAAAACCGAUGGGACCAACCAAGGUGUCCAAAACUUUGGCUUGUGGGAAACCUCCAGUAGGGGGCACUGUGGACACAGCCUGUCUUAAGCCUCCAGGAGGGUGGCUCAGCUCUGAGUCACAAAAGAGGUGAAACUGCGGUGUCCUGCUUAUGUGUCCUGGGGGAGGUCCUGACCUCUAGGGGAUACUUUCAGGUUGGAACAACAGUUUCGCUGAGCUGCGUGGGAACCACGUGCAGAGGGCCUGGCUGGUGGAAUAGCUCCAGCCAAGUGGCUCACCCAGGAGGCAGAAGUAGAGAACUUGAGAAGGGAAGUAUCUCCUGGAUGCAGGAAGAGAGCCCCACAGAUGCUCUACAGAUGAAGGAGCCCCAGAGCUUUCCAGGACGCUGUAAGAAUCCUGGGAAGCAGGGCACUGAACCGUGGAGAGAAGUACUGAAUAUUCCUUGUGAAAGGGUAGGGGUGGGAAGGCACAGAACACUGGCAAAAGGUGAAACAGACAGGAAGGCUAGCAUUGAGCGAAAUUUGGAGGUAAAAUCCCCAGCGCCCCAACUGUGACCCGAGAGUCCUAACCAAUCCCAGCACAGAAAGCACCACUCAGAGCGGAGAGAAAGAGUUCUUGGUUCAACUACAGAUGUUAAGAAAUCAGGAACAUCGUGAAAGAUACAGCCUCCCCACCCUGCAUUGGACUAUGACGAUUAACUUGAUCAAUCAUUCCUUGUCCUGUUUGGAACUUUCCAGAUGCUGUAGGAAAGGAGAAUGCUGUUCAGGUAGAGAGAAAGGGAGUAGAGGACCUUGUUCAUAUUCUUGGUGCUUAAAAAAGAAAGGUGACUGAGGCAAUGGAGAGCUGGGUUGAAUGCUGGCUCUUCCAACUAAAUAGCUGUGUGAUGUUGGUCUAGUUCCCUAACCUCUCUGAACCUCAGUUUCUACAUCAGUAAAAUAGCGAUAAUAAAAUCCACCAUGCCCACCUCACAGGGUUGUUGUGAGGACUGGCUAAGAGACAUAGAGAAGGAUUUUGUACCCCAUAAAGCUCAAAUCUGAGGUCUCGGUUAGGGAAAAUUUUAACCGACUUUAGUACUGACUUAAUACUCUUCCCUCAGGGUAAGCUUGAAUGUGGAUGUUGUGUGCAUGUAUUACGAGGGGAAAGCUCAAGAAUGUCUGGGUAGAGUUGUUACCUGCUUCUCCUUUGGAGGAGACUGUUCUGUUUUGCUUUCCAGCAGUUAUUUGGCAAAGCCAUUUGCCAAGACACAGCAGUGACCGUAGGAGCAGAAGGGACCAAUGGCCAGCUUGCUAAGAUUCAGUGCUACUCCUAAAAGCCAGCUGAGAAUCAGAUGUGCUAAUGAAGGCCUGAUAAACAUAGACAUUUAGCAGAAAUUCAGAAUGACAGGAGUGGCCCAAUUUUUUGGUAAUUUAGAGAAAAUAUAACUUGGGAGGGGAUAACACUUCUUUUGUUGUAGUCUUAUUAUUACUGUAUCUAUAAAGCCAUGUCAUAGAAUAAUCUACAGAGAUAAUAUUCCAGAGGGGCAGACGUCCAAGAGAGAAGUCAGAAGUCUUCCGAGGAAAUUGAUGAGGUUGGUGACCUAAGCUGGGCAAGACGUGGUAAGUGGGUGCCGAGAUCAAGGUAUUUGACCAUUUCUCCUGGGCAGGUCAGCUGAGAACUAGAGCUAUUCCAUAAGUUAACUGGGAGACUGGGCAGGGAUGCAGAGUUCUGUUUGGGGGAGAAAGUAGCCUUGGACUAGCUGGGGCAGGGAGCUGCCAGAGAGAGGGCUCAAGAAGACGUUCCCAACAGGAGAAAGCUCAGAUGCAGAUGCAGGCUUAGGAAAAUAAGUAACUUGACCAAAGGUGGCAGCGCCAGGCUCCCCAACUGGUUCACGAAUGUAGUUUAGUUAAAUGAAUCCAGAUGGGAACAAAAAUAGGUCUAGGGAACACAGAGUGGUUGGAGGCAUGGAGAAGGCUCAGCAGGGUCUGGCUGACCUCACUGGAAGCCUGGGUGAGGAAUCUUUGGGAUCAGGCGGAGAAGGGCCUGUGUGUAAAGAGGCAAUUAGGAAGUAGUUUGGGGAGGUUUUAGAAGGCAAUCUGACUUGUCUUUGGAGGAAGUUUAAACUGGUUGGAUUAGCAGCCGAGAGAAAUGGGAUUGAAAAUGAAAUUGGGGCCUCUGCACCCGUGUUGUCAGCUCAGCAGCUUUUUCUUCGUUGCCACCAGGCUGAAGAAUCUGUGUUACAAACUCUCAUUCCUUUGAUCGUGUACUUUAUAUCUUUAUUUUCUUUCUUAAUAAAUUCUUUUGAAAAA